GAUGUGCUCUAUUAGCUUGAAAUAUUGCCGUGUGUAGAGACAAUUUUGGAAAAAAUUGAAAAUAAAUUAAAUAAAAGUCUUUAAAAAUGACGGUGGAAACGGAGAUCACUAGAGUAGCUAAUUACCUCAAGUUCCCAAUUAAAGGAAAGCUUAGCUAUACUGAGGAUAACAUAAUUCAGAUGAAUAUCAAUGCAAAUGAAAAGAUUAUUGGAUUUUCAUCAAUUUUAAACUAUUUUCAUAAUGAAGUGCAAAAGAAAGACAAUCAGCAUGUCCAGGACUUUUAUCAGACAAAGCAAUUCUUUGAUUUUGCAAACUUGUUCAUUAGAAGUACGUCAAAGAGAGAUAAAUACGCUGCAUGCCUUGAAUUGAAUUCAUACUUGGAAAGUCGCUCAUACCUUAUCGGACAAAGAAUAUCACUCGCUGACUUGGUCGUCUUUUAUUCAUUAAACGAUAUUAUGCUACAAUUAAGCCCAUUGGAAAAGGAAUCAUAUCUCAAUCUUUCAAGAUGGUAUUCAUACAUUCAGAGCAUUGAAACCAUCCGUCAAAAUACAAAGGAAGUCAACUUCUCAACAAUACAUUUAUUAGGCUGGAAUACAGCAGCUCAUGUUUAAACGCUUUAAAAAUGAAAAAUAAAAUUAUUAACAAACCUUAAUUUUAACGGUUUCAUUUUAA